UUUUUGUUGAAAUUAAUCAUAUUAGAUUAUUAGUCUUCAUAAAAAUUUUAUAAUGGGCAAGUAAAAGAAAACACUUCUAGUUAUGAAAUUAGCCCAUUAGAUAACGGCCCAAUCCUCUGCACGUUAAAAUAACUGAGUUGACUGCAAACCCUAACCCUACUAUCUACAAUCCCCAUCUCUUACGCCGCUUCAUUUCUAAUUCCACCGCUCGUUUAUUCAUCUCCCAUCUCCGCUCUAUCUUCUGCUCGGCGGGCGCUCUUUUCCGCAGAUCUUCAUCAUAGUUUUUUGUUCUUCACGUCCUUUUGUAGCAUUCAUCGGCCAUGGUUCUCAAGACUGAACUUUGCCGUUUUAGUGGUGCCAAGAUCUAUCCUGGUAGAGGCAUCAGAUUUAUCCGCCAAGAUUCUCAGGUUUUCUUGUUUGUCAAUUCAAAGUGCAAGAGAUACUUCCAUAACCGUCUGAAACCUGCCAAGCUCACUUGGACUGCUGUGUACAGAAAACAGCACAAGAAGGAUCUUGCCCAAGAGACCGCCAAGAAGAGGAGACGUGCCACAAAAAAGCCAUACUCCAGAUCUAUUGUUGGCGCAACCUUGGAAGUUAUCCAGAAGAAAAGAAGUGAAAAACCAGAAGUGAGAGAUGCUGCAAGGGAGGCUGCUCUGCGUGAAAUUAAAGAAAGGAUCAAGAAGACGAAAGAUGAGAAGAAGGCUAAGAAGGCAGAGGUGAUGGCCAAAUCACAGAAGGCAGCUAAGGGUAACUUUACCAAGGCGGCAGCACCCAAGGGUCCUAAGCUUGGUGGAGGCGGUGGAAAACGCUAAACUUUACGUCCCUUUUACUUGCUUCCCGUUUAUGAGUCUUUCGAUAAUCAAGAGAUCCUUUUGUACUUUUGUUUCAGACAGCUCUACUUCGCACCUUUUCUUGUAUCCUCCCUUAUUUCAGACCUAUGGCAGAAUUUUUUUAAAUGGAGUUUUCAGAAAUGAUGAGUUAUGGUAGGCUAUUCAAUGCACGAUGACAUUAGGCAUAAAAUGGCUCUUCCCGG